CCACCGGUCAUUUUUCAUAUCAGAAUACUUCACCGAGCUUAAAAUACGCACUUUCAUAUUCUGGUUCCGUUAGUCGAGAGCUUCUAACGAAACACGUUUUAGAAUGAAAUAGAGAUCCACCAGUUCGGUGCUCUAAAAGAUUUCUUAAAAUUUUCUUGAUCUUGACAAUGACGGUUGAAUUGAAACGUGAAAUGAUCUUUAAUGCGAGUAUUUACGAGUCAGUGAUAAGAUAGUGAACAUCAAACAUCUGAUUGGUUCCAUAAAACCCUCGUUUCGGACUUACGACACAGUAUCACCACUGAUUCGGAACGCGAUGGACCGCGCGACCGCCUCUGAGUUAGAAAAAAUUAACGUAAGUGAACACGAGAAUGGUAACGCUAAGAGCAAUGGUGAACAAAGGACUUCGAAGACCUACGAUGAAGUACAAUCCAGUCAUUCGCCUUUUUGGAGACAGGCCUUCAUAGCUUUAGGGUCGUUUAUGCUGUCCUUCAGUGCGGGAGCCACCGCAGGGUUUUCAGCAAUCCUCAUACCUCAACUACAGCAUGCUAAGGGGAAACAUAAAUAUUCAACUGAAAUGGUCUCGUGGGUGGCGGCUAUGGCGUCGUUUGCUCUGUUAUUCGGAAACAUGAUAUCCGGAUAUUUAAUGGAAAGAAUGGGAAGAAGAGCAUCACAAAUAUUACUAUCAGUGUUUUACAUCGGUGGUUGGACCAUCAUUGGAUUUGCCGGAAACAUAAAUUUCAUACUAUUUGGAAGAUUCAUUACAGGAUUCUGUCAAGGUUGGCUUGGUCCAUUGGGGCCAGUUUUUGUUGGAGAAAUUAGCUCACCGGCUUACAGAGGACUAUUUUUAGCCGGUCUCUCCCUGAGUAUAGCGUCAGGUGUCUUCAUGUCUCACUUGUUCGGAACGUUUUUACAUUGGAGCCACGCUUCGCUGCUUUGCGGUGCGUUCCCUCUACUUGGAUGCAUUAUACUUUAUUUUGCACCGGAAUCACCGGCUUGGCUGGCAUCUAAAAACGAAAUCGACAGGUGUGUGCAGUCCUUCCAAUGGUACAGAGGUACAAGUCCGGAAAUGAAAUCUGAACUGGAGAAGAUGAUAGCAGAUCAGACUCAGAGGAGAGAAGAGAAGAGCAAAUUGGCGACAUUAACGGAAAAUAUCAAAAAACCUGAAUUUUGGAAGCCCCUGUGUAUAAUGAUAGUGUUUUUCAUAAUAACUCAACUGUCAGGGAUAAACGUAAUCUGCGCUUACACCACCGACAUUAUGGAAGUGCUCAUUGGUAACAGUUCGCACACCUAUGCGGCCAUGUUGGCAACGGAUAUUUUACGAGUGAUUGCCUUAGUAAUAGCUUGCGUUUUAUUGAGGAAAAGAGGACGACGGCCUUUGGCUAUAUUCAGUGGUAUCUUCACCACCUUGUCUCUGAUACUACUCGCUAUGUACUUAUAUUUAGUGGAAAAACGUAUUAUAAGACAUAUAUCUCCAUUCAUAUCCUUAGGUUUAAUGGCGAUAUAUAUAUUUGUGUCUAAUUUGGGAAUAUCAUUGUUACCUUGGAACAUGGUUGGAGAAUUAUUCGCAACUGAAACAAAGGGCUUGGGAUCUGGUAUCAGCGUUAUGAUGACGUCAGUCGCAUUCUUCGGAACGAUAAAAACUGCACCCGCCAUGUUCCAAGGGAUAGGAUACGAGGGGACUUAUUUGUUCUAUGGAUUGUCAACGUUAUUCGGGACAAUAUUCUUAUACUUUUGUCUUCCUGAAACAAAAGGUAAGACAUUAUUACAAAUAGCCGAAGAAUUCCGAUACGGAGACAGGAGCAAAAGAAAAGAUAAGGAUUGUGUGAACGUAUAAUUACAAUGUCGGGAGGUCGUGUGUUCGAAUAAUAUGUAACAAUAUUUAAGUUUAUUUUAAACUCCAGUGUGAUACCUUUAAGAGAAUGCUAUAUUGCAAAGGAUUUAAAUAAAUGAUAUAUACCUUUAUUGUAUUCGAUAUAAUUGGUAUUUAUGUAUGUACGUUUAUGUUAUUUGAUAAUAUUUUAAUAACUAAGUGACGUUGAGAUUGUUAAUAGAGGUAACUACUUAACCCAGUAAGAUAAUGUUUUAAAAUUAAUGGAGGGCACUGUAAUAAAUCGUAUUAAGUAUCGUUUAGUAUUACGAAAUAUAUACAUGGAUUUAAUAACGUAGUAAUGUUGCGUUCGUAUAUCUUUGUGAUACGUGUUAUCGCUUACGAAAUGUUUUGAUUGUUUAAUUGAAGUAAUUGUCCUAUAAUUUAAAUUAAUGUCUCGAUAAUAUCACGUGAUAUAUUACUAUAACUUUUUAUUAAUUAUUUGUUUAAAUUAUUCGUUUAAUUUAAAAGCAGCGUUGUUGUAAGACAAAGUGGAUUUGAGUCGCUUCGAUGCUCCCUAGCUAAUAAAAACCUGAGGUCUAUUUCACAGAACGUUAGAGACGGACAAGUGGCACGCGUCGUCGCUAUGUUACACACGUCUUCCUGUUUUGACACGUGUAUAUGACCUUUCGAAGUGUACGCUUCUCGAUGAUUCGCCAACAUCUGCGAGCCACUAUCGGAGACCAGAAAUUCCCACGUCGGAACGCGACAUGUUUCUGAAGGAGGCAAAAAAUCAGGAAAACAUCUGGGGCAUGGAAACGGCUAUAUUUAGAUAACCGCAGAGUUAUGAGAGGAAUCGUUAUUUAUAUUUUAUAUACAAAAUAAAUUAAAGCGAUAAAGUUUAUAAUUGGUUUUUAUCUUUGACUAAGCAAAUUAUGUAUUAAGUCUUUAUAUCGUAGAAGAUUACGCAACGUUGAUAUAACUGCUAGCGUCAAUUAUUUUCGGAUUCAUAUUCUAAUAAAAACUGUAUUUUGUGAUCUCCUUAACAAGCUUGCCAUAUUACCGUAACUGUGAUAUUGCGUCUGAAUUUAAUAUGUUUGCAUUUUCUAUUGUAUAUGAUUAAGAAAACUUGUACUUCGAUGUUCGUUUAAAUGAAAUGCCCAGGAUUUGACUAAAAAAGGAAAAGAGGCUAAUAAUACCGACAUACGGAACUCAAGACAGAGCGGGGGAGGAUUCGGGGAGAGCGUCAAAAUUGCCUUUUAUUUUCACGUCAAGUAGUUCCUGUGUUUUCAUUUGUUUAUUAUGCACCACUUGCAUAUCGUGCCAUCGCCAGGGCGAGCGAUGCUUCGCUCGGAGCGGAACGAAUAUUUAAUAACUCACAAUAAGACACGUGCCAGAGCGGAAGUCGCACACGUGCUAUCAAUUAGAGGUCUAUAAAAAAUACUAGAAUAAUUCAAAGGCUCACCCGCAGUGGGAGGAGUUGUAAUGUAAAGCAAGAUAUUAUAGAAAUUUGUAUUGAUUUAUGAAGCUUUUAAACAUAAGUUUGAUAACAAUAUAUCUUAGAUGUAAUGCUCAAAUAGUUGAUAAAAUCUAAUUAUUAAUUUAAGAAGAUGUAAAAUUAUAUUAUAAUUUUA